UUGGACAUAGGCUGCGCAGGUCGUCUACCGUGCCGUCACCUAUGCUUCGCAUCGCCAGUGCUAGUACGCCCGACUUCCACGCAUCACUGAUGUCUGCUGUGCUCGGCAAAUGCAGGGUCGCCGCCGAGGGAGAAGGCGCAUUCGUCAUUGGUAUUUCACUGCAAAGCUAGCAAUGUCUCGGACCCAAUUGUUCGUCGGCCUCCGUCUCGAAAUCCGCGCAUCUUCGGCGAGGUCAGUCUCGUUCUCAGUGUGUGCUAAUUGAGUGCUCCAAGCCUUGCCGUCCUUUUUGUCGCCAGGUGAAGAUGCAGGCUGCAAGUCGCCAGCGGCUCUCCCCGAGAGCAUCACCAGGUGCUGCAGCGCACACACAAGCAAGCGCCAUACUGCUGACACGGCUCUCGCCAAGAGACGUCAGCGCCGCCACCACAAGGCUUCACCGCACACCAAAGCGCCACACCACGGCGUCGUCGGCUGCGCUUGCGCCACGACGGACGCAUGCGCCAACACGGAAAGAGGCUAUCAACCUUCCAAACUGGGCUCUCAACAGACUAACCUUGACAGCUGUCAUGCUUGGCCUGCAGCUUCCCUGACCCUGUCUAAGGGUGUGCGCAUAUAGACCCCCGACGCUCGGUCAUGUUCGCUUUCCGUUCUUUCCCGCCCCCCACUUCCAACUCCCUGCGAGCACGCAUCACGCUCACUACGACGGUGAGGCUCCCGGCGCGACGACGAUCGCAAAAACGACAACUAUAACGCCAAUCACGACUGCGACGACGAUGCCAGUCCCGACGUCCGACGCCGCGAACCCGUUCUCGGCCGGCAGCGCGACCGCUUGCGAGUCUCCGGUCGGCUCUCCGACAUCUGGUGCGUUUUCGCCCCAAGACGCGGGCCUCGCCGCGUCCCCGUCGUGUAUCCCGCCUGCACACCCAGCUAGGACGCUCGUGUUGUGCUUUGACGGGACGGGUGACCAGUUCGACGCGGACAACUCGAACGUGGUGCAAUUCUUCUCAAUGUUGAAGAAGGACGACCGCAGGCAGCAGAUGGUGUACUACCAGGCAGGAAUCGGCACUUACGUGACACCUCAAAUCGCGACACCCUUCGCAUCCAAGAUCUCCAAGACCCUCGACGAGAUGAUUGCCUGGAAUCUCGACGCGCAUGUGAUGGGAGGAUACGAGUUUCUAAUGCAGAACUACGAAGCAGGCGAUAAGAUAUGCAUAUUCGGCUUCUCUCGCGGCGCAUACACCGCCCGUGCGCUCGCCGGCAUGAUCCACAAGGUCGGCCUACUCCCUACGUGCAAUCAUCAGCAAGUCCCGUUCGCAUACAAGAUGUACACUCGCACUACGCCGCUCGGCUGGGCGCAGAGCACGCUGUUCAAGAAGGCCUUCUCGAUGGACGUCGACAUCGAAUUCAUCGGCGUUUGGGACACGGUGUGCUCGGUCGGGCUCUUCUCGCGCCGCCUUCCGUUCACGACGAGCAACAUGUCCGUGAAGACAUUCAGGCAUGCUGUUAGCCUCGAUGAGCGGCGCGCAAAGUUCAAGGCGAAUCUGUUCAACUGGCCACAGGAGGAAGAGAGGCGGCUCGGUACCCAGCCGGGAGAUAUGCCCAAAGCCGGCCAGAACGAGGACCAGGUCCAUCUUAGCGGUUUCAAUGAGUCCAAGCCUGCGGCCACCGCCGCCGACAAGAAGGACGACAAGACGAAGAAAAGCUCGGUCUUGUCCAAGUUCUCGAACAUGUCGCGGCACAACUCCGUGGACGACAGGCAGCGCCAGAGGGAGAUGGAACGUCAGUUCUCCGAGCAGGAGCGGCGCGCGCUCGAGACGGACGUCCUGGAGGUCUGGUUCGCGGGAUGCCACUGCGACGUCGGCGGUGGGUCCGUGUCGAACGACACGCGGCACAGCCUGGCGCGCAUCCCGCUGCGGUGGAUGGUGCGCCAGUGCUUCAUGGCGAACACUGGCAUCCGGUUCCACGCCGAGCUCCUGCGCGGCAUCGGCCUCGACCCCGCGGUCCUCUACCCUGUCGUGCACGACCGCUCCGAAGCACUCUACUACACACCAAGCGCGCCCGUGCCCGACGGCACCACCGACGCGCGCCUAAGCGAAGAGGAAGAGGACCUCGCGGACGCACUGAGCCCAGUAUAUGACCAGCUUGCACUCGCGCGCAGCUGGUGGGUGCUCGAGCUGCUGCCGAUGCGCCACCGCGUGCAGCGCACCGCGGACGGCCGGUGGGAGACGGAUGUGUAUGCCAACAUGGGCCGUGCGCGUGUCAUCCCGAAGCAGGAGACGCACCCGGUGUACGUGCACCGGAGCGUGAAGAUGCGGAUGGAGGCGGAGCGGGCGGCGGGGCGGGUGUAUGAGCCGAGGGCGAGGUUUGAUGUCGAGCCGACGUGGGUGGCCUAGAGUCGUCGCGGGUACGUGUAGGAGUGUGAGGUUGGGUUUUUCUCGUGACGGGAUUUCGGGAUGAUUUUGUCGCAUUUCGCUGUUGUCGCCGCUCAAGAGUUUCUCUUUUUACUGUAUAUUUUGGGGAUAACGGGCUUGUUU